AUGAAGUUCUUUGCUCUGAUUGUGUUCCUAAUAAUCGCGUUAGUGGCCGUGAAGGCGGUCCCCGAUUCGCCUUCUUUCCUCAAAUGCCUCGAUGAAAUAAGUGAUCCCGAACUUUGUCUUAACUUCAAAGAUCAAUUCCCCGAAGAUGCUCCAGCAGUUCCGGUCGACGACUACACAUUCGAAGCUAGUUCUGGAUAAAUUUCAUUCCCUUUCGUUGCGUUUUUUCGACUUACUCGAAUUCCAGCUGAAUAACUUAUUGUGCAAAGGGAGGAAAGCAGCGUGGUUGCUUUACAAGUUAACUGAAUAAAAAUAUUGUAUUGUAGUUUGUA